AUGCAAACCCGAAAGUGUGAACUUACUGUUAAACUCACGGAGUUAAUGAAGAGUACGGGGUAUCCCAUAGUGCAGCAUAACGGCCAAAGGAGAUUCGGGCCUCCAUCAGACUGGGUCGGACCUCCCCCACCCAGGGGCUGUGAAGUAUUCAUCGGUAAACUGCGUCGCGAAAUAUUCGAAGAUGAACUGGUGCCCGUCUUCUCCAGGAUCGGCAAAAUCUACGAGCUACGACUGAUGAUGGAUUUCUCUGGCUCCAAUAGGGGGUAUGCCUUCGUGACCUACACCAAGACCGAAGAUGCGGCGACCGCAGUGAGAGAACUGGACAAUUACGAGAUAAGGCCGCAUCAUCGGAUCGGUGUCACAAUUUCCGUGGACAACCGUCGCCUCUUCGUUGGAAAUAUACCGCGGUCUAAAACAAAAGAAGAUCUCUUCAAUGAACUAUCGAAGCGAGUUGCUGACAUCGUAAAUGUAGUUCUCUAUGAGAACUGCUAUACUCCUAGCCAGAACAGAGGCUUCGCCUUCGUGGAGUUCACUUCUCAUCGUGCUGCGACUAUGGCGAGAAGGACGCUGAUUCCGGGCUGUUUUAAGCUUUGGGGUCGAGACAUCAAAGUUGACUGGGCUGAUCCUGAACCCGAAAUCGAAGAGGAAAAAAUGCAGAUGGUCAAAAUAUUAUACGUUCGGAACUUUGAUCUUAAGACGACACCCCAGACUAUAAAAGCGGCGUUCGAAUCGGCCAUUAAUAAGAAAGUUGAGAGGUUGAAGAAAAUUUUAGACUAUGCAUUUAUACAUUUUAACGAACGCGAGGACGCGGAGCUUGCAAUGAUGAAAUUGCAAAAUGUGGAGAUUGAUGGGCGUCGCGUAGAAAUAAAAUGGGCUCGACCUGUUGACCGCGAAGUGUACAAAUUGCAGAAGAGCGUAAGGGGCAAUGCGAAAUUCAAACGUCUAAACUUAUCUCAAACACUCUUAUUGUAUAAACAGCAACUGGACAGGAAGGAAUAUGCUGUCUCUCCCCAUGACGAAGGAAUAGAGUCCAGAGUUCAUUCCCCAUUCAAUACACCUGUUGGGUUUCAUGGACAAGACAUCUCUUCUGCGCCAGCUAUCCUUGACUCUAUUUGUAAAGGAUAUAUGUGGACACAGCCUAUUUAUAAGUACGAGAAGUGUGUAGAUCCAACUGGAAAAGAAACGUGGAUUGGUUUUGUGGAGUUGCCGAGUGUUGGUCAACCGCUUUUUCAGUGCCCAAGAUACUUGGGGCCCUACCGUACUAUGGCAUAUUCUUCUUUGCAACAAGCACAAUAUGAAGCUGCAUCUUUAGCUCUCAACAUUUUGAAGACACUACAAAUGGAGGUAGAGCAGAUAGCAAUGCUAGGACAACAGAACAUCUUGUACCCUUCGUUGGUGCAGCCACCCUCGCAGCCAUUGAUCAACCCUCAAUACUAUUCGCUUUUCCCCCACCACUCUUUACCAGUUGCCAACCCCUACUUCUAG